AUGCCUCCACAGAGAGAGACGAGCCAUCUGAAGAGAUCGCGGGGAAAUGCCGACCUCGAGCAUGACCCGAAGAAACCUCGGCGGUCACCACGAAUCGCAUCUCAAUUGCAGCCAGAUGUCGGAUAUUUACCCUCCCCUCUGGGAAACGAAGUAGCGGUAGAUACACCGCGUAAGGAUGCCACGGCCACACCCCCAGACGAAGGACGGAGCCAGAUGCGCCGCGGUCAAUCGCCCGACGAGUCUUGUCCCACGCAAGGGUUCUCCCAGUACCCUCCCGUGCAGUUCAUGGACGAUAUAGAAGACGAGGUUGCUGAGGGGGUCUGGGGAUAUCUCACUCCGCUGGAUAACAAAUUUGGAGGUCAAUUGAUACUGAAGAAGCGGGAUAGCACCCUUACCACGCCUGUAGGUGGAGCUAUAGCGACACCCGGCAGCACCAAGUCGAAGCGUGGUGCAAGUGAGAUCAACCGUGCUGGAUAUCUGAUAGGCCGGCAUAGCGAGUGUGAUUUCAGGCUUGAUAUCCGCACGAUAUCUAAUCGCCAUUGCCUGAUAUUCAACGAGAACAGGAGAGGAGAUGUAGUUGCGAUUAUUGAAGAUCUUUCCAGCAAUGGGACAUUCGUCAACGACGCCAUCAUUGGCCGAAAUAAACGCCGAGAGCUCGAGGGUGGUGAUGAAAUCACCAUCUUGGAUGAAGCUAGAUUCGUCUUCAACUACCCACGGAGCCGGAACACCAGCAAGUUCCGCCAGCAAUACACCCUUCUCGACAUGCUGGGCAAGGGACACUUUGCAAGCGUCUAUCUAUGCGCAGAACGCUCAACGGGACUGAAGUUUGCUGUCAAACGGUUUGAGAGACGACCGGGCAUGGUUCAAAAGACUGAUCCGGAAGCACUCCAGCAAGAGAUCUCCAUGUUGAUGAGUGUCAAUCACCCGAACAUGCUGUGUCUAAAGGCUACCUUUGACGAGAGUGACGGCGUCUACUUGGUUCUUGAACUUGCGCCAGAAGGCGAGCUGUUUAACUGGAUAAUCAGGCACCAGAAGCUGACUGAGGACGAGACACGGAAAGUAUUCAUACAGCUUUUCGAAGGCUUGAAAUAUCUGCAUGAACGGAAUAUUGUCCAUCGGGAUAUAAAGCCAGAGAACAUCCUCGUUGUUGACAAGGACCUUUCGGUAAAACUGGCUGAUUUUGGCCUUGCAAAGAUUAUCGGUGAACAGUCUUUCACCACAACUCUAUGUGGAACGCCCGGUUAUGUCGCCCCUGAGAUAUUGGAAGACCACCCUGCCCAACGCAUGUAUACGCGUGCAGUUGACAUCUGGUCACUGGGAGUAGUACUCUACAUCUGCCUCUGUGGUUUCCCUCCAUUCUCCGACGAACUAUACGACGACAACACCUUCCCAUACACCCAGAGAGAUCAAAUCAAGAACGGAAUCUUCCACUACCCUUCCCCCUUCUGGGAUCCAGUCAGCGACGAAGCCAUCCAGCUGAUCGAGCGAAUGCUCGUCGUCAACCCCGAGCAUCGCAUCACCAUUGACCAAUGUCUCAAGGAUCCCUGGAUUACCGGAAUCAGGCCUGACAUCGGUGACAGCACAGACGGCCUAGUCGGCGCCAUAGGCGGUCUCAAAGUAUCGAAAGAUCGUCGACCAACCCUAUCACGCACGUAUCUGAGUGAUCUGCACGAAGUUACGAUCAAGCAGGUGGUGCAUAAGAAGAGCGAUGACCCGGGCUCUAAAAAGGUAACCAUAUACCAGAAUCACCCUGUCGGGAAAAUACCUGAGCCCAAACCAGCUGCGAAUCGCAACUCGAGGGAAUUCAUGGAACUGGGUGGAAGGGGAGACCAGGUACUCUUCGAUGAUAAAUCUGAUAGUGACUCGCUGGAGCUUGACGAUGAAAGGGAUGGCCCGCUGUUCAACAAUGAUGAUGCCGAGGAUGAGCCUCCACGCGGGAGAAGGAGGUGA